UACAACGAAUAUAUAAGCAAAUGUUUCUGUUUCCUCUUCAGUCAUCUAAGUAAAGCUGAUGAGAUCAAUUCUUUUGUACAAAAUGUUUAAACUGUGCGUCUUUCUAGUGUUGUCUGUUGCGUCAUGUUACGGCGGCGCUUCGGACAACGGCAUUUGUGGGCGAAUGCCCCAAGAUCUAAAUAGCUGUCUACUUCUCCCACCGGGUGUUAGUCGCGAGAUUCAAUCGAAAUGUGCGAGAUUACCAGAGUGCGAAAGACUGACCUGCAUAUUCCGUGAAUACAACCUGCUGGACGGUGAAGUUAUCAACAAGGAGAUGACAAUAGGAUUCUUCGAUGAUUUUGCGCUGGCGCACCCUGAGUUUGCAACGGCUGUAGAGCAUGUGAAGGAUGAUUGCCUCGGCAGUGUCCCCGUCAAACCACAAGGAAUAUACCUCAACUGUCCUGCGUAUGAUAUGGUGCAUUGUUCUUACAAGAAUUUGGUGAAGCACGCGGCUCUAUCCCAGUGGACUGCUUCGCCGAACUGCAUGCGCGCACGCACAUUCGCCUCUAUGUGCCCCAUCUGUCCUGACGAAUGCUUCUCGCCAGAAGUGCCCGAAGGAUCCUGUAAUUGCUAGUUAUUAUCACGAGCACUUCGUAGAUAAAUCUGUAUAAAUGUUACUUUUUUCAGCAACAGCUUUCCCUAGUUUGGAGCUAGUGACAAUAUAAACAUUGAAUAUAUUAGAAAUAAAAUGUUUUUAAAUAGCUACCAAUGUAUUUUACUAAACAAGAGUCAAGGACCUUAUCACUUCUAGAAUGUACCUAAAUGUAAAAGAUGAACACCACUCAAUAGUUAAAACCAUUAUAGCAGACUUUUGUCGAUCCAAAGAAUCCUUUGAUCAUGAAAAUGAAAAUAUUUAUAAAGAUAUAAAACUUUAACCCUUAAAACAAAGCACAUCAUUAAAAGUUUCCGAGGCUUUAUUGGAAUACUACCAUAGAUUAGGUUACUAUUUUAUCUGUGGUCGUCACCGUCACUAUGACAGGAAGUAUCUGUCAUCCUCCCUUCUUCCGGUGAGCUUUGAUAAUGGCGUGCGUAGUGGAUCAUUAUAAUGUGCAGUAAAAUAAGUAUAACGCUAAUAAACAUUCUGUCUGAAUUA